UCAUCGGCUUCAUCGUGAUCGAGCAAAGUUAAGGUGUUAUUUUAUCGGAAAAAAGUAUUGAGGAUCGAAGACCUAAAGCAGAUUUAUUUCUCGAAAUAUCUACUAUUUAAAAUAUAAUUGUUUGUGGAACUUCUAAAGGGAAGAAAUAUAUUUUGAAUAAGAUAACCGUGAUGGAUCUUCUAGAUGUUAUGAAAAAUUUGACCAUAAAUCAAAUAGAUGACAGUGAACAACAGUUUUUUAAAUCAGUGGCUGCAGAUAUCGAUGACGUUCCCACUGAAAUAGUAUUCGCUGAAUUCGCAGAUAAGACAAUGCUUAUUGUAUCUCAAUACCAAAAAAUUGGAAGCAUGCUUACAGUACAGAGGGACCAGGUACAUAGCCCUCUUGGUACGGAAAGUAUUUAUUCAACAAAAGUUCUUUUUGGUGCUUCAGGAGAAGAGCAGCAAGUAGCAGCAAGAUAUUUGGCUGAAGCAAUAAACAUCACUAAACCACUGUGUCUCUUUAUAAAUCUGAAAUCUUAUGAAAUUGAAACAGUAAAGGCUGUAAGGGAUAUUGUCCUAGAUCUCAAAGGAGAAGAGAAUAAUAAAAAUGGAAGUUGCUAAUGUGAAGAGAUUCAAACCUGCUCAUAAAUAUUAUGGUCAACUGGUCCUUGGACCCCCUGGUGCUGGGAAGACAACAUACUGCAGCAAAAUGACAGAAUUACUAAAGAAGUUGGGAAGGAAUGUCAUAGUUGUAAAUUUAGAUCCUGCUAAUGAUAUGAUGAGUUAUAAACCAGAUAUUGAUGUUAGAGAUCUGGUUGCUCUAGAAGAUGUGAUGGAUGAGUAUAAACUUGGUCCAAAUGGAGCUUUGUUGUAUUGCAUGGAGUAUUUGGAGAAAAACAUUGACUGGCUCUUAGAUCAACUAAAAGGCGACAACUCAACAAUCUUUAUAUUUGAUUUGCCAGGCCAAGUUGAGCUCUACUGCCACCAUGAAAGCCUGGCAAAUAUUUUUUCAAAGCUGACAAACGAGGGGAAUUUUCAACUGUGUGUUGUACAUUUAGUAGACUCUCACCAUUGCUCAGAUGCUGGAAAAUUUAUUGCAGCUCUAAUGUUAUCUUUGAGUGCAAUGUUAAAAAUUGGUCUACCUCAUAUAAACUUACUAACAAAAGUUGAUUUACUACAACAACAUAUGGAUAAAUUGCAAUUUGGUAUAGAUUUUUACACUGAAGUAUUAGAUUUGAAUUAUCUCUUGGACUGUUUAGAAGCUGACAAGUUUACAAUGAAGUAUCAAAAACUGAACAGUGCUCUUGUUUCCAUAAUUGAAGAUUAUAGUUUGGUAACAUUUCAACUUGUGAAUAUGUUUAAGGAAGAAAGUUUGGUAAAAGUAAAAAAUGCAGUAGAUAAAGCUAACGGAUAUGUUUUCAAAUCUGAGUCAGAAGGCAGGCAUAUAAACAGUAUGUUAGCAUGUGCUAUGGGUGUUGAUGAUCCACAUAGUAAUGAUAUUGAUACUUUUGAAUAAAAUAAAUAUAUUAUAAGUCAA